AUGAUCCACAAUGAUGCGUCAAUGAUUAUUCGUCAAGUGAAGCGUUGUGGUCCGAUGCGCCCUCUUUUGUACCCUCUGACACCCCACCUGCAGGACCGCGCAUCCUCCCACCCACAUGUUUAUUUUUUAUCCUUCAUAUACAACUCAUUCAUUACGUCUCAUCUCAGAAUGUCGGAUAAUGAGCAACAGGAUGAAAAACCAUUUGCGGUUGAAAAAGCAAAAACUGGACGAGCUAAAUGUAAAAAAUGUAAAGCUGUUAUUGAAAAAGACACCAUAAGAAUUGCAAAAUUAGUAAAUAGUCCAUUUUCAGAAGGUAAAAUGAAAGCUUGGCAUCAUGUUGAUUGUUUAUUUGAUGUAUUUGCUAAACAACGAGCAACAACAAAAAGAAUUGAUGAUCCAGAAGAUGAUAUUGACGGUUGGAAUGAAUUAUCCAAUGACGAUAAAAAAAUCAUAACUGACAAAUUAAAUGAAUUUGAAAAUAACACGCCAUAUAAAAAUUUAAAACGUCAAUCAACUCAAUCACAAGCUGGACCAAGUUCAAAAAAAAAAAAGCCAUCAAAUGAUACAGAAAAAACUGUCGAUACAUCUGACAUAUCAUUAAAUAAAAAUGAAAAUAAAUCAUCAAAUAAUCCUGAUGACAGUUUUAGAUCAUUUCGAAGACUCUGUGUUGACAUUGCAAAUGCCAGUGCUUAUACAGAAAAAACUGCUUGUAUUAAAAAAAUGUUUCAAUUUGGAUCAAGCGAAGAUGGUUUUGAAGGCGACAUAUUGCUUUGGUGUAAAUUAUUACUUCCAAUGGCUACAAAGAGGGUUUAUCAUUUACAAAGUAAACAACUUAUUAAAUUAUUUUCACGUAUUUUUGGUCAACAUGAAGAUGAUAUGCUUGAAGAUUAUGAAAAUGGUGAUAUUGCUGAAACAAUUAUGAAUUUUUUGGAAAAAAAUACAGCUAUUCAAUAUGCAAAAAAAAGUAUUUUAACUUUACAAGAGGUUGAUAAUUUUCUAAAUGAAUUGACACAACUGACCACAGAAGAUACCCAAACAGCAAAAUUUAAAUCUAUCAUUAAAAGAUGUACACCAAAUGAUUUAAAAAUGAUUAUAAGAUUUAUAAAAAAUGAUUUACGAAUAAAAUGUGGUCCAAAGCAUGUUCUCGAGGCAAUUCAUGAGGACGCAUAUCGGACAUAUCAACAUUCAAACAAUCUUGAGGAGGUUGUAAAAAAAUUUACUAACAAGUCUGAAAUACGUGUGAGUUCAACAAGUGCAUCAACAUCGGUGUCUGGUAAAGGCAAAGUUGCAUUGAUGACCCCAGUUUUACCAAUGCUGGCUGAAGCAUGUAAAUCUGUUGAAAUGGCUAUUAAAAAAUGUCCAAAUGGCAUGCUAUCUGAAAUUAAGUAUGAUGGUGAAAGAGUUCAAGUACACAAAAAUGGAAAUAAAUUUAGUUAUUUCAGUCGUUCCCUUAAAUCAGUUAUGCCACAUAAGGUAACUGAUUUCGAAAAAUUUAUACCCAAGGCUUUUCCCAAUGGUGACGAUUUAAUUCUCGACAGUGAAAUAAUCAUGACUGAUCGAACAACUGGACAACUUCUACCAUUUGGCUCACUUGGUGGAAAAAAAACAAAAGACAAUCCAAAUAUAAAUGUUUGCAUAUUUAUUUUUGAUUGUAUUUAUUAUAAUGGAGUAGUAUUAUUGAACAAGACAAUGAAAGAGCGUCGAAAAAUACUGGAAAAACAAAUGACAAUAAUUCCAAAUCGUGUUAUGCUAUCAGAGGUUCAAGAGAUACAUGAUCCACAAGAUUUAUCACAAAUGAUUGCAAAAGUUUUACGACUUGGUUUGGAAGGAUUGGUACUGAAACCAACACAUAGUAUUUAUGAACCAGGCAAACGACACUGGUUAAAAGUUAAAAAGGAUUAUUUAUUUGAUGGUGCAAUGGCUGAUACAGUAGAUCUCGUUGUACUAGGAGCCUGGUAUGGAACCGGCCGAAAGGGUGGUAUGAAAUCAAUAUUUCUCAUGGGUUGUUAUGACGAAGAUAAUGAUAUUUGGCUAACGGUAACUAAGGUACAUUCUGGUCAUGAUGAUGAUACCCUUGCAAAACUACAAGAUCAACUAAAAGAUAUGAUUAAAAUAAGUAAAGAUCCAUAUCUUUUACCAAAAUGGAUUAAAGCCAACAAUCGAAUGGUUCCUGAUUUCAUUGCAAAAGAUCCAAAGACACAACCAGUUUGGGAAAUAACUGGUGCUGAAUUUACAAAUCAAGGUUGUCAUACUGCUGAUUCUAUAAGCAUAAGAUUUCCUCGUGUUACUAAAAUAAGAGAUGAUAAAAAUUGGUCAACUGCAACAACAUUAAAAGAGUUAAAAGUAUUAUUUUCAAAAAGUUCAGAUUCUAUUGAUUUUUCACUAUUGGCACAAUCAAGUGAUAAAAAAAAGAAAAAAACAACUUUAGAUCAUUUUUUAAAUAUAAACAAUGAUAAUUCAGUAGAUACUGAUGAACAAUGUGAAAAUAAAAAUAAUGAAAAUGAAAUUAUUGAUGUGGAAAAUUUAAUAAUGAACAAGAAAACGAGUAAUAAUAAUAGUAAAGCUGCUUUUCACGCAGUCAUUGAUAAUGAUUCAACUGGAAAUACUUCAAAUUGGAUUGAAGAUCGUAAACCAAUAAAUGCAUUGCCAGAAAAUGCAAAGCCAAGAUCUGAAAAAUGCGACACUAAAGUUAAACGAAAAGGAAUUUUGAGUAAAUUUUGUAUAAUUUUGGAUGAUGAUAUUCCAAUAAACAGACGAAAAGUUUUGAAGCAAAAACUCACAACUCUUGGAGCGGAAGUUGAAAAAAAAAAUAAUUCACCAUCGUCCAAUGUUACACACAUUAUUCAUGGAAUAAAUGAAAUUACUAUUUCAGAAUUACGAAUAUAUGAAUUACCGUUGGCGAAACACGUAACUGAAUCUUGGAUUGAUGCUAUCGAGACAACGUCAAUGUUGCAGAAUGAGAAACGCUAUGCCGUAACACUUGUUGGAGAAUAUUGCAGUUGUUCCUGUACUAAAAAAUAAUUGAAUAAAAAAAUAAUACAAACAUCAGGGAAAUAAAAAAAUUUUGAUAAUAAAUAACACAUAUAUUGAAUUAAAUUUUUGUACAACAUUUACACAAUGAAAAUGAAAAUUUUUCGAUUAAUCAGUAAAUUUAUUUGUGAACAAUUUCAUAGCAUUUAUUAUUGUUUCGAUUAGAAAAUAUACACAUGGGAAAUUUUUCUACUUACAUGUGACAUUUUUCUACAUUUCUAAUAAUUUUUUUUUAUUUAUUUAUAAAUAAAUAAUCAAGCUGUAAUUGUUGUUAUAUCCUCAGGUUAUAUUUUAAUUAUUUAUUAUCUUUUUUUUCGUUCAAAUAAACCAAUAAUUUGUGUUAUUAUUUUCGGUCAUAGUAAUUAAAUAAAAACCACAAUAUGCAUAUCAUUUUAUAAAAACAAUAAAAAUUAAAUAAUA